UUCAAUUUCUAUCGAUUGUAGGUGGAGAACAGAUUAUUAAUAGCGUAUUUUGCAUAAUCAUCUUAUUAUUAAAAAUUAGGCUCGUACAUGUACAACAAUAAAUUAUUAGUUUUUAGUACAAGUAUUCUGCGCUACGAAUAAUUAUUACCCGCAGGUUUUAUUAGAGUACAGUUUCUGUGACAAUGAACGAUAAAGAAAAACCUGAAACAAAACCGGGCGAUGGUUUACGUUCGUUAAAAAGUACAAUGCUGUUUCGUGCAGUUAAUUACGAAUUGUACGCAAGACCGAAUAAAGCGGUAAUGAUAGCCGGCGGCAUUGUUAUGCUCGGUUGUAUAGGAUAUCUUGUUUACAUGCGACAAAAUCCUGAAAACGUCAAGUAUUACUCGGCGGCAGCAGCAGCAGCAGCAGCAGCAGCAGCAACAGGAACUGACGGGACUGUCAAUGUUAAAAAAAAAACGUCCAGAUGGACAGAUUGAUUUGAAACCUGAUUUUAGGUAAAUCGAUCACAAUUACAUGUAGUGUAGCACAAUGAAUAUUUAUUUCGUAAACACACUGUAUAAUUUCUUUGCUACUUUCUUGUCGCGUACACUUUUCAACGUGUAAGUAAACGUGUCGCAAGUAUUUCAUCGCUAUAGAAUUCGUUUGAAAUAAAACUUGCAAUCGUCUAUUGCUCUGCUUAAAA